UUGGAAGUGAAAUACCCAGUUUUUGGAAGUAGCACUCAGAACACACAUUCACAUUCAGAAUCAUUACUAACUCCACAAAAUCACAUAACACACUUCCAUUCCCCGCAAUUAAUUUUGCUACCAAAAUUCAACAGAAAUAGUUGAGAAGAAUUCAUCUAACACACUCACGCAGAUUCUUCUUCUUCUUCUUCUUUGGAUCUGACACUGACAGUGAAAUUAACAAAUUUUUCUGCGGCAUAAGAAGCCUCUUUUCCUUCGAUUGAUAAAACCUCAAGAUCCAAAGAGGGCUCUGUUCCUGAUCCAAUGGCGGUUGCGGUGAGAGGAACCAGAGGUGGAUCUAGCUUCCGAAGCUUCUUCUCCUUCCGGAUCUUCAUCUCUGCAAUGUUCUUUCUCCUCUUCGUUGCAACUCUUUCAGUUCUCUUCACCACCAAUCCCUCCACAACACCUGAUGAAUCUACUCUUCCCACGACUGGUAAUGCAUAUGUGCAUAGAACGUUUUUGGCAUUGAAAUCUGACCCUCUUAGGACCAGAGUGGAUUUGAUACACCAGCAAGCUAGAGAUCACAUAACCCUAGUGAAUGCCUAUGCUGCUUAUGCAAGGAAGCUCAAGCUUGACAUUUCUAGGCAGUUGAAGAUGUUUGAUGAAUUGGCGCAGAAUUUCUCGGAUAUUUCUUUGAGGCCGACGUAUCGAGCUUCGCUGUUUGAUACGGAUGGUCCUAUUGAUGAGGAUGUGUUGAGGCAGUUUGAGAAAGAGGUUAAGGAUAGAGUGAAGAUUGCACGGAUGAUGAUUGUUGAGGCGAAGGAGAAUUAUGAUAAUCAGUUGAAGAUUCAGAAGUUGAAGGAUACUAUAUUUGCGGUUCACGAGUCGCUUAACAAGGCCAAGAAGAAUGGGGCCUUGGCCAGCUUGAUAUCUGCCAGAUCGGUUCCCAAGAGUUUGCAUUGUUUGGCAAUGAGACUAAUGGGAGAGCAGAUUUCAAAUCCGGAGAAAUAUCGGGAUGAGGGUCCUAAACCGGAGUUUGAAGAUCCCAGUUUGUAUCAUUAUGCAAUAUUUUCAGAUAAUGUGAUAGCUGUCUCAGUAGUGGUGAGAUCGGUGGUGAAGAAUGCAGCAGAGCCAUGGAAGCAUGUUUUUCAUGUAGUAUCGAACAGGAUGAAUGUUGCGGCUAUGAAGGUUUGGUUUAAGAUGAGGCCAGUAGAAGGAGGAGCAUAUUUGGAGGUGAAAGCCGUAGAAGAAUUCACUUUCUUAAAUUCAUCAUAUGUCCCUGUGUUGAAGCAGCGAGACUUAGCAAACUUGCAGAAGUCUAAUCAACCUGAAAACACAACAAAUGACAUGAAAACUAGCAAUAAGUACCUGUCUAUGUUGGAUUACCUUCGGUUUUAUUUGCCGGAGAUGUACCCUAAAUUGCAUAAAAUCUUACUUUUGGAUGAUGAUGUUGUGGUUCAAAAAGACUUGACAGGUUUGUGGAAGAUCGAUUUGGAUGGGAAAGUGAAUGGUGCCGUAGAGAUCUGUUUUGGCUCUUUCCACCGAUUCUCUCAUUACUUAAAUUUCUCUCAUCCUUCAAUCAAGGAUAACUUCAAUCCAAAAGCUUGUGCUUGGUCCUAUGGUGUGAAUAUAUUCAAUCUUGAUGCUUGGAGGCGUGAAAAAUGCACGGAUAAUUACCAUUACUGGCAAAGCAUGAAUGAGGACCAAACUUUAUGGAAAUCAGGGACCCUUGCGCCUGGUUUGAUCACCUUCUACUCCACAACCAAGUCAUUGGACAAAUCCUGGCAUGUGCUAGGGCUAGGAUACAAUCCUAGUAUCAGCAUGGACGAGAUCAACAAUGCGGCUGUCAUCCAUUACAAUGGAAACAUGAAACCAUGGCUUGACAUUGCUUUGAAUCAAUACAAGAAUCUCUGGACUAAAUAUGUUGACAAUGACAUGGAGUUUGUGCAGAUGUGUAAUUUUGGCCUGUAAUUGAGAUCAACACUGCAACAGUGCAUUGGUGCUGUUAUUAUAUGAUAUACUUGAAACCAAGUGUUCAUUGUAUUGGGGUUAUCAAGUUAAAUAUACCCUUUUCACAGAGAAGUUCUGUGUUGUCAUCAAGUUUAUAUUCUAAUGGGAAUUCUGUCUCAGAAUUUGUUGAUAGUUUUCAGACGGUAACCAAUAAUUUUGAAUUGGAAAAUGUACACGUAGUCACACUCCCUUUCUCUCUUUUCUUCUAUAGUUUGGAGCAUAUUUAGUAUUUGUUCAAUUGCUGAUGGUAAUGUAAUGACUAUGAUUAACUAGAAGAUAUUACUGUUUUAUCCAUUAA